UCGGCGCGCGCAGCUGAGUCGCUGGCGCAGCCUUUGGCCCCCACAUCAAUCAUUUACAGGCCAGCUAGGGCUACUGCGGCCCGAGGAGGGGGGAUGGAACGGUUGCUCCGAAUCAGGUCUUCUCUUGAAUCUGCAGCGACGCCCCCGGCGCGUGCACAAAGGCUCCGACGGCGGCCGGCGGGGACUGCCGAGCGCGCCGGAGCCGGCGCCAGAGGUCGCCUGUGCGCGCCCUAGCCAAGCCCCAGGCACCAUGCCGCGGCGCCUGCAGCCCCGGGGCGCGGGCACAAAGGGCCCGCCGGCCACGACCGCCGCGGCUUCGGAGGCGGCCUCAAGUUCCCACCCCUCCGCCUCCGGGGACCCUCCAGCAUCGGCCAAGCCGCUGCUGCGCUGGGACGAGGUUCCCGACGACUUCGUGGAGUGCUUCAUUCUGUCGGGCUACCGGCGGCUGCCAUGUACCGCGCAGGAGUGCCUAGCCUCGGUGCUGAAGCCUACCAACGAGACGCUCAACUUCUGGACGCACUUCAUCCCGCUGCUGCUAUUCCUGAGCAAGUUCUGCCGCCUGUUCUUUCUGAGCGGCCAGGACGUGCCCUUCCAUCACCCGUGGCUGUUGCCUCUGUGGUGCUACGCGUCGGGCGUGCUGCUGACCUUCGCCAUGAGCUGCACGGCGCACGUGUUCAGUUGCCUGUCGCUGCGCCUGCGCGCUGUCUUCUUCUACCUGGACUACGCGUCCAUCAGCUACUACGGCUUCGGCAGCACAGUGGCUUACUACUACUACCUGCUGCCGGGCCUGAGCUUGUUGGACGCCAGGGUGAUGACACCGUAUGUGCAGCAGCGCCUGGGCUGGCACGUGGACUGCACGCGCCUCAUCGCCGCCUACCGCGCGCUCGUGCUGCCAGUGGCCUUCGUGCUGGCGGUGGCCUGCACAGUGGCCUGCUGCAAGAGCCGCACAGACUGGUGCUCUUACCCAUUCGCGCUCCGCACUUUUGUGUUUAUCAUGCCCCUCAGCAUGGCCUGCCCCAUCAUGCUCGAGAGCUGGCUCUUUGACCUGCGCGGUGAGAACCCCACGCUCUUCGUGCACUUCUAUCGUCGCUACUUCUGGCUGGUGGUGGCCGCCUUUUUCAAUGUGAGCAAGAUCCCUGAGCGCAUCCAUCCAGGCCUCUUCGACAUUAUUGGCCAUAGCCACCAGCUCUUCCACAUAUUCACUUUCCUUAGCAUCUAUGACCAGGUGUACUACGUGGAGGAGGGCCUGCGCCAAUUCCUCAAGGCGCCGCCUGCGGCGCCCACCUUCUCUGGCACAGUGGGCUACAUGCUGCUGCUGGUGGUCUGUCUGGGACUGGUCAUCAAGAAGUUCCUAAACAAAACCGAAUUCUGCAGUAAAAAGUGAACCUCCGCCUUGGAGGAGGCUGCUGGUUCGCCCACCUAUUUGUUCGGAGUUUCUGUUGUUGCUGUUGUUGGUUUGUUUUCAAGUUUUGUUGUGUUUCCUUCUUUGCUCAAGGAAGGUGCUGCAAAACCACAGGGAAAAAGUCGAAUGCAACAAGGGGGUCUCGGUGCACUUGGGGGCUUUGGAAGAGGGAGAUAUGGUUCAAGCAAGAGGGAGAGUGCCACUGGUUCUUGCCCCUGGAAAAAAAUUCGGGUGGUGUUUCUGACAUCCAGGGGUUUUUCAAAGGGAGUGAGUAAAAUCCCAAAUAAAACCCCGAACAGUUUGGUUUUCCAGUCGUCUUCUGCACCAGUGGUAAUGAGGAGUAGUCCUGGUGAGGUCAGGUAUGCAGUAAAGAGGGUAAGUAGACAAAAUCCCUGGGUGCUUCCAUUUCGGUCUGAGGAAUGCUUGGAUUUGUAAAAAGAAUGGAGCUUUGUAGGAAAUGGGCACAAAGACACAAACCCAGGGCUUAACCUGCUAGAAAAUGCAUGGAAUGUGAACACAAAUUAUUUCAAAAUGUUUCUCAGAUGUUAUUUAAAUAGUAAUAUAUACAAUGAUUUUUCACAACUUAUCAAAGCCUGUGAUAUGCACUGAAUUUUCUUUGUUACAUAGUUUUGAAUUUUGCAGCCCUUCUGCAUUGCAUACACUUGAACUGGACAUCAGGGCAAGCUGCUUGAGAAUUCUCAACUACUUUUUUAAACAGUGUUUUCUGAAGGCUUAUGUGUGUUAUGAUACAACUGUGAAUUAUUCUACCUUAGGGACUCUGGUUAAACUAUUGUUGAGGAGCUCAGUGGUUUAUAUACAUCCCAGGUUCCAAUUCCUUUAUUACACA